CUGUUGGGACUAGAUUGGUUCCCUUCUCUCGGCCUUAGCAUAACUGGAAUCCAUGCUGUCUCAACCUCUGAAGUAGACACCCUAUUCACAGACUAUUCUGAUGUUUUUAGCAAUGAGUUGGGCUGCUAUUCUGGCACCCCCAUCUCCUUCACUGUGGACCCCCAGGCUAUUCCCCUUCGCCUCAAGCCGUGCAGAGUGCCCUUCGCCAUCCGUCCAAAGUUAGAUUUAGAAUUAGAUAAGUUACUGGAACAAGGGGUGUUGGAGCCAACUGAUUUUGCCAAAUGGGAGACCCCCAUAGUCACCCCACUCAAGAAAGAUGGCAGCGUGAGAAUCUGCGCUGACUACAAGACCACCCUCAAUCGUUAUCUGCAGGUCAGCGCAUACCCUGUCCCUGUUAUCCAACAUCUAUUACACACUUUAGCUGAGCUACAAACCAUAGUCACUCAUAGGGGGGCAUUCAAGUGCAAACGCCUCCAAUUUGGCGUGAGUGUAGCCCCAGGUAUUUUCCAGUCCCUCAUGGAAAGGAUUCUCCAAGGCCUCCCAGGGGUUGUCCCUUACUUCGAUGACAUUUUAGUUUCAGCAGUUAACAGAUCUCAACUCUUUGAACUCAUAACUGACCAUAAACCACUCCUGGGGCUUUUGUCAGGGGACAAGCAAACCCCACAGGUCCUUUCACCUAGGAUGACCAGGUGGACCUUGUUCCUGGCUGCUUACUCAUUUAAAUUAGUACAUCGCCCUGGAAAAAACUUAAGUCAUGCAGAUGCCCUUAGUCGCUGCCCCCUGCCAGUUCCAGUCGAAGACCCAGCACCCAUUCAUGCCAUUUUUGAAGUAAAUGAACUUAAACUGCCUGUUACAGCUGAGGACAUUGCAUCGCACUCAAAAAAAGACAGGGUAAUUGCCCAGGUUCUGGACUGGGUGGGAAGGGGGUGGCCGGAAGCACAAUGCACUCCUGACUUCACUCCUUUCAAAAUACGCAAGCAAGAAUUGUCAAACCUACAGGGUUGUCUAUUGUGGGGGACAAGGGUGGUCAUCCCAGCCACUCUCCGUGUACCCAUCCUAAAGGUCCUUCACGAGGGCCACCCGGGCAUUGUAAGGAUGAAGGCCCUGGCCCGCAGCUACGUUUGGUGGCCAGGCAUGGAUCCCCAGAUCACCAGCUGGGUAAGCUCGUGCCAACCUUGCCAAUCAACCAGGCCUGCACCACCAGCAGCCACUCCUACCAGGUGGGAAAGUGCUGGGGGACCUUGGUCUCGCCUGCACAUCGACCUGGCUGGACCAGUACAUGGAAGGACCUUCUUGGUUUUAGUAGACUCAUAUUCCAAAUGGAUAGACUUGGCCCUACUACCUUCAACAACCACCCAAGCAAUUGUUAAGGCUCUAAUCCGUUUGUUUGUUACCCAUGGGCUCCCUGACACACUGGUGUCUGACAAUGGCCCCCAGUUCACAUCUUGUGAGUUUAGUAUGUACGUUGCCAACUUAGGUAUCAGACACAUCCUCACAGCCCCUUUUCACCCAGCUAGCAACGGGAUGGCUGAAAGGGCAGUCAGGUCAGUAAAGGAGGCACUUGCUAGAUUGAGACGCCUUAGGACCACCCUGGACAGGCUACACCCCCAUUACUGCCCAGAUACCCCUAUAGGAUCCAACAGAGCUGAGUCUGCCACUAUAAAAGGUUCACCUCUGCUGAGAGCCCCAGCUUUUCGACUCAGCUCUUGGACAUAUGAGCUAUUGUCUCUGGAAUCUGAGUUAAUUAGCAUUCCUCAAAACAAAAGCAUUGAAAAAAAGAAAAAAAGAAUCAUCAAGAUCGUGAGAAGCUCUCAGGACUCUGGUAGAGCUUCACUCAUGAGAGCAGGGAUCCACUCUCCUCCAGAUUCAGCUGCCUCAGCAAGGCAACUGACAUGCAGACAAGGUGGACCUCUUUGCCACUCCCCAGAAUGCAUAGAUAAACGGGUUUUUCUCCAGGUUCCCAAUCCAGGGAGUGGAGGGGACCAAUGCACUUCAGAGCAGAUGGCCCCCAGGUCUCCUCUCCACCUUUUCCCCCCUUCCAAUCAUCCCAGCAGUCAUCCGGAAGAUGUUGGAGGAAAAGGAGGAGCUGAUUCUGCUGGCCCCAUAUUGUGCCAGGAGACCCUGGUUUGUGGACCUGGUGAACGUGUCUGUUCAGAGGCCUUGGAAAAUCCUGACCUCUCGGAUCUCUCUCAGUCAGGGGGCCCUUCUGCAUCUGGAACCCCAACGGUUCCAGUUGACCGCUUGGCGGUUGAGCGGAAGUUGUUGAAGGAGGCCAACCUUUCAGAUAGUGUAAUUAACACAAUACAGGCUUCAUGUAAAAAGUCUACAACCUGA